AUGUCACUCAAAACGCAUUUCAAGUUUGUACUCGUCGUCAUUAUCUACUUUGCUCAUAUAUAUUUCCGACGACUCCCUAUCACGUUGCUUCCGUUGAUUCGGGAGGAGAUUGUGCUCACUAGUGAUGAUAUUGGAAUUCUCGUAUCCUCUCAUGCUCUUCUAUAUACAAUCGGACGUCUUCUAUUUGGAAUCGCAUCCGAUAGAUAUUCAAAAGUAGCUCUAUUACUGCUUGGUUUGGUCACAUGUGCCGCGUGUUCUGUUGCGUUGGCAUUCUCGAAUAAUCUAUGGCAAAUGCUGAUUGCAAUGAUGCUUCUAGGAAUUGUACAGGGAGCUGGAUGGGUUCCAGCCACUCUUUUGGUGCAGUCGUGGUACUCGAAGUCUACGUAUGGAACAAUGUUCUCAAUCCUCGCUUGUGGUUCAACAUUUGCCGGUAUUCUUCAACCGUUUUCCAAGAAAUUCUAUUGGCGCCACGUGGAGUUGUAUACUGGAGCAGGAAUGCUCGUCUUCUCGAUUGUUUGUUACAUUGCUCUUCGUGAGGAUAACGUGUCACCGAAACAUGAGGAAGAUGAUGAGGAGCCAAACCCAGAGAAGGCAAAGCAGAAGAAAAGUGGAUUACGAACUAUUGUGGGGUCGAUUGUGAUCUGGCAUAUUUCUUUUGUCUACUUGUUCACAAUGGAGAUGAGAACCAUUUGCGAAACAUGGGUUCAACUCUUCCUCACAGACUCGAAAAUCUCCCCCGAUGUCUUUCAAAUCACAUAUGAAAUCGGUGGUCUCGUUGGAACAAUGGCAUCCGGUAUUGUCAUCGACUUGGCCACUCGUCGAUUCGAUGUUGAUGCCACUCGACGCGUCAUCGCUGUAUCAUACACAUGUUUAAUGAUGUUCUCCGCGGCGGGUAUUUUCGAGUUUGCUGAGUUGAGUUCUAUCUUCGGAUUCUUGGCUGGAAUGUUCGUUAAUGGGUCAAUCAAUGUCUGGUGUAUGAUAGCUUCGCAAGCUGGAUUUGCAAAAAUUCAGGGAACAGUGAGCGCUUUCAUUUCGUUCAUUGCUAGUUCUGGAUCAAUGUUGGCUGGAAGUCCUCUCGCAUUCCUCAUCAGCUUAUUCGGAUGGAGAGUCUUCCUUUACAUCUUCGCAAUUCAACUCGUCAUUGUUCUCAUAGUCUCAUCAUUCCGUGUACCUCUUCGUAUGAAUACUGAAACCAAGCACUCUCCAAACGAAGUUGAUGAUGAUGAGGGUUCGGGUGUCUGCAGUACCGUUGUGGAUUCACAGAGAAAUCUGACGAAUUUUAACAAGGAAACGAGGAUUUCAAUGCUCUUUGCUCUAUACGCCACAAAGAAAAUUAAGCCUUUUAAAGAUAUUUUAGCAUCUAAUAAGGUUUAG